ACUGGCCAGAGCAAAAACGUGUCAGAUCACUGGGGUGGGCUCUCUGAAUAUAGACUAUGUGGUUUAUUCAACAGCUCCUGUUAGUAUUUGUCUUCUUCCUCUUUUUUGGCAAGUACUUAAAAAUAAUAUGGAUGGCAAGAAGUCUCCCUCCUGGACCAUCUCCAUUACCAAUAAUUGGAAAUCUUUGGACCCUGUGCUUCAAUAUGAAUCCAGAAACAUUCAGUAAGGUGUCUAAACUUUAUGGGAAUAUAUAUACUGUCUGGAUUGGUGAGACACCUGUCAUAGUGCUACAGGGAUACAAGGCUGUGAAGAAUGCAAUUGUCUCUCACUCAGAAGAGCUGUCUGGACGUCCAGUUUCCAACCUCAUGAAAGACAUGUCAAAUGGAAAAGGUAUUGUAGUGUCAAAUGGACAUAUCUGGAAACAGCAGAGACGAUUUAGCUUGAUGACCUUAAGGAAUCUUGGAUUAGGAAAACAUGGAUUGGAGUCACGAAUACAGAAAGAAGCUCAGGGUCUUGUGGAGAUCUUAGCAACCCAGAAUGGUAAACCCAUUGAUGUGUCACACUUUAUUGUACAUUCUGUUGCAAAUGUAAUCUCUGCCGUUGUGUUUGGACAUCGUUUCUCCAUUGAUGAUCCAACUUUCCAAAAGUUGGUAACAGCAAAUCAAGAGAUCCUUGAUAAUUUAGGCUCUAAGUGGGGAAUACUUUAUGAUGCAUUCCCUUGGCUGAUGAAGCACUUACCAGGCCCCCAUCAGAAAGUAUUUAAAAAUCGAGAAAAUCUGGGUGAUUUUGUAAGCAAAGAAGUCAGAAUUCACCAGCAAAAUGAAUCCCCAGAAGAGCCUGACGAUAUCAUAUACCACUAUUUGGCACAGAUUGAAAAGACAAUUGGUGAUCCAGACUCUACUUUUGAUAUGGAAAACCUGACUCAAAUAGUGUCCGAUCUCUUCACUGCAGGGACAGAAAGUACAGCCACCUCCUUACAGUGGGCCAUUUUGUUCAUGCUGGCUUAUCCUGACAUACAGGAAAAGAUACAUAAAGAGUUAGAUGAGGUCCUUCACGACUCUUCGGCCAUUACAUAUGAAGACAGGAAGAGGCUUCCUUACACAAAUGCAGUGAUUCAUGAAAUUCAACGUUUUGGGAAUAUUGCAUCUGUUGGAGUCAUGAGACGCAGCAUAAAGGACAUCACACUGGAUGGUUAUCCUAUAAAGAAGGACACAAAUAUUUUACCCAAUCUGGACUCUGUGCUACGUGACCCCCAGCACUGGAAAACUCCUAAUAAGUUCAACCCUGAACAUUUCUUAGAUAAAGAUGGAAACUUUAAAUCAAAUGAAGCUUUUAUCCCAUUUUCUGCAGGACACAGAAUAUGUCUGGGAGAGCAAUUAGCACGAUUUGAAUUGGUCAUUUUCUUCAUUACUCUAAUGAGGACAUUCAGAUUCCAACUUCCAGAAGGAGUGACAGAAGUUAAUACAAAGUAUAUUGUAAAAACGACAUUACAGCCUCACCCCUAUAAAGUCUGUGUAGUUCAAAAAAGAGAUCUUCACCAUCUUUGAUAUGCAGAUAAAAAAAAUGGACAUCCUGUAAACGAGACCAAUUUUAGAAAUGUUCAUGUUCAGGAUAAGGCUACUUUCCGGUUUUGAGACCUUGCAGAGGUUCUCAAAACUGGAGGAAAACGCAUCUGUUUGAAUAAUACAACCUGCUGCAUCUGUUCAGAACGGAUCUGAUUAUAUUAUAUCAAAAAUGAACAUGCCGGCAUCAAAUACCUUUGUAAGUCAAUGAGCACGUGUCCGAAAAAACCGGAUCCAGCACCAUUGGCUAACAUUUUUUUUUUUUUAUGCUGGCACUCUUCCGGCAGUUUUGUGUCCGGCGUGGGAACCCAACAAAACAG